UUUUAGCUACGUUCGCCCAACUCCCAACAACACUCCCGAACGCAACAAAAAGAUUCCUUUUUUCCGCUCGCCGUCGUCCGAAACUCCGGUCGCCGGCGCCUCGGAUCUCGCCGCUUCUUCAAGAAGCGAAGCGUUGAGCAGAGAGGCCGCUUCCAUGGAGGCCUGCUGAAUCUUCCGCCGGAGCUUCCGACCCAAGAAGAAGGAGCGAGAGGAGAAGAGGGGAGGGAGGCGCAGAGAGAAGGAGCUGGGUAGCGUCCUGGGGGGAAGUCGCGUGAUGGGGUUUUGCAUAUGUCCGUUGGAGACGCCGGCGAGGUUGCUGUGGACGACCAGCUUCUUCCGCCACAAGCUCAUGCUCUUCUAAUUCGCAACCUCCCCGUGCAUACAAUAGUAUAAGCUCGUUCUGCGUAUAUCUACGUACGUAUUAAGUGUUCUUUCAGUGCCUCGCCGGAGUUCCGGUCGGGCCGCCGGCGGGUAGAGGUCGCCGGAGGAGAUCCACUCGGGGCCGAGAAGGGUAUGGAGGCGGGGCGUUUUCUGUUUGAUUCCUCCGCGCUGCAGGGGAACAUCAUGUUCCUUGACAAAGGAUCAAGAUCCAAUAUGGGCAUGGAGGAAUCCCCAAAGAGACGUCGGUUUUUCUGCUCGCCGGACGAACUUUUCGACGAGGAAUAUUACGAUGACCAGAUGCCGGAAAAGAAACGUCGCCUAACUCCUGAGCAGGUGCUUCUGCUGGAGAAGAGCUUCGAGGAAGAGAACAAACUGGAACCGGAGCGGAAGACCCAGCUAGCUAAGAAGCUGGGGUUGCAGCCGAGGCAGGUGGCUGUGUGGUUCCAGAAUCGCCGGGCUCGGUGGAAGACGAAGCAACUGGAAAGGGAUUAUGAUUACCUCAAAUCUUCGUAUGAUUCCCUCCUUUCAGACUAUGAUUCCAUUUUGAAGGAAAAUGAGAAGCUCAAAUUGGAGGUCCAUUCCUUGACAGAAAAACUUCAGGGCAAGGAAGUCGGAGGAGCACCGAUGACAGGCCCCUGCGAGCCAGCUCUGGUGGACGAGGCCGAUGUACGGGACGUCCAAUUCGGUGCGAAGGUGGAGGAUAGGCUGAGUUCGAGGAGCGGGGGAAGCGCAGUGAGUGACGAGGAAGGUCCACAGCUUGUGGACAGUGGCGACUCGUACUUCUUGUGCGAAAAUUACCCUGGAUGCGUAGCCCAGUCGGAGGAUGAUGGGAGCGACGACGGCAGGAGUUACUUCUCGGGCGUGUUUGCUGCCGCAACUGAGCAGCCACAUCACGAAGAAGAGGAGGAACCAAUGGGCUGGUGGGUGUGGUCUUGAGAUUGGUACUAGGAAUGGUCGAUCUCUCCUUGGUUCAUGUGUGUGUCUUGUCAUAAGAAAGUUUACCUAUUUUCCUCCUUUCGCAUAUGAUAUCAAAUAAAUUGUAGUAGGGAAUACUGAACAUGGUGUUGCAGUCCGAAUGGCCGUCUAAUGAAUAAGAUUACAGGACCUGUGCGUUGUCCACUACGUCCGAUGUUUUGUA